AUGCUGAUCACGUCGCCACCGUCGCUGCACUACCCGAUCACGGUGACGGAGCUGCUGAAGCGGGCGGGCGACGAUGUAGAGAAGCUGGACACGCUGUUCCGCUACAGCUACAAGACGCGGGUCGAGGUCGCGAAGGACCGGUUGGGCGACGAGACCGAGUGGGUGGAUCAGACGGCCUUCGCACAGUUCGACAGCGAGAGCGAUGGCAAGGUGGUCGCAUGGAAGGUCCGGCAAGGCGAGCUGGUGAAGUGGCCGGGGAUUCCGCUCGUGGAGAUCGCGGAGCCGUGCAAGCAUGAGAUCCAAUAUGGCGGGCUGUGCGUCAAUUGCGGGAAGGACAUGACCCAGGUCAACUACAACACAUCGUCUCUCGAUGCGGAGCGCGCCACCAUUAACAUGGUCCAUGGCGACACACAGCUCAAAGUCAGCCGAAACGAAGCCACCCGCGCUAACGAAGAAGCGAAACGUCGCCUGCUUUCGACACGCCGCCUAACCCUUGUUGUCGACCUCGACCAAACCAUCAUCCAUGCGACCGUCGAUCCCACCGUUGGCGAGUGGCAACGAGAUCCAGAGAACCCAAAUCACGAUGCCGUCAAAGAUGUCCGGGCAUUCCAGCUCAUCGACGAGGUCCCUGGAGGUCGAAGCUGCUGGUACUAUAUCAAACUACGGCCCGGCCUCCUCGAGUUCCUGGAGAAGAUCUCGUCGGUAUACGAGCUGCACAUCUAUACCAUGGGAACCAGGGCAUAUGCAGAACACAUCGCCAAGAUCGUGGAUCCAGAUCGCAAGAUCUUUGGCGACCGGAUCCUCAGCCGGGACGAGAGCGGGAGCUUGACCGUCAAAACACUACACAGACUGUUCCCCUGCGAUACGAACAUGGUGGUGAUCAUAGACGACCGUGGAGAUGUGUGGGGUUGGUCACAUCAUCUGGUCAAAGUCAGCCCGUAUGACUUCUUCGUCGGCAUCGGUGAUAUCAAUUCAAGUUUCUUGCCCAAACGUCAAGAGCUCGAGAAAGAUGCAAAAAAGGUGGAGAAGUUGGAACCACCACCUCCAAAGGACGAACAGGGCGACUCUUCUAUCGACCCGAAAGGUGGCGUGGUCAAGGGCGCGGACAGCGAAAUCGCUGCCGACGAAGCCGCUCCGGAGGGCGAAGAUGGAGAGGGGAUCACCGAUAUCGAGCGGCAGCUGGUCGCAAUGGCUGGUGGCGAUAACCCGAAACUGCUCCAGGAGCAAACAGAGGAACAGACCGAGACAAUCACAGCGCAAGUGGAGGACCGGCCACUGCAACGGAAGCAGGAACUACUUGACAAGGCCGAUGAGGCCGCUACCAAAGACUCGGAAUCGGAGAGUGAGAAUGGCGAUUCGCAACAUCGGGAACGACAUCACCUCCUUCAUGACGACGACACCGAGCUGCUGAAUCUUGAGAGCGUCCUGACGGGUAUCCACGACGUCUUCUACGCGGAGUAUGAUCAGCGGACAGGCGGCCAAGCCGUGGAUCAAAACGACUGGACACCGGAUUUGAAGUACAUAUUGCCGUUGAUGAAGGAACAGGUUCUAGGCGAUGCGGUGAUAGUUUUCACCGGCGUGAUUCCUCUCGGGACUGACCCCAUGAACUCUGAUCUCGGCCUAUGGGCUCGUAGCUUUGGUGCCACGAUCUCGACCCAACUGACCUCGUCGGUCACCCAUGUCGUCGCCUCCAAGCUCCGCCGUACUGCCAAAGUGAAGCAAGCCGCUCGCAUGCGGCGCGUCCGCAUCGUCACCACCGGCUGGCUUCUCGAAUGCUUCUCCGCCUGGCAGAAAGUCUCGGAGGAGCCGUACCUCAUCGAGGUCGAGCCGGACGACCACUCCAGUCCCGUCCGGUCGCGCACCGCCAACGUCUCGUUCGACACCACUGUUGAUGACGGCAUGUUGUUGAGCGAGAGCGAGGGGACCGCGGGAGACGAGAAUGAGGAUCCUGAGGGUGAUGACGACGACUUUGAGUUGAAGAGCCCAGUCGAAAUCGACGCGGCGAACUGGGAGGAGAUGAAUGGGGAGCUGGAGGAGUUCCUCGGCUCAGAAGGUGACACUACGGAUCAGGACGACGACGACGACGAUGACGACGACGACAUGACAGAUAUCGAAGGCCGCAACGAGAACGGCGACCUGAUGGCGAGCGCCCGAAAGCGCAAGCGCGCGACAUCGACAGGCGAUGCGGACACAGAAAGCGACGACAGCGAAGCCGACGUCCGUAAAUCGCAGCCGUUCGCGACGGUCAAUGGGAUGAGCCAGCUGCAGCGGCGCAAACGUAGGGCAUUGGAGCGCGUGUCGAGCCUGUCUAACGUGACCAACGCAGACGUGCGCGAGGCGUCGGGGUUGCUAAGCCCCGAGGCAACGGUGGCGAGCGGGAACGAGAAGGAUGGGAGGGGGGAGGAGCGCGGGGGGGUGGUGGAAGACGACGACGACGAUGAUGAUGGGUUGGAGGCGGAGUUGUUGGCGGAGCUGCAGCGGGAGGAUUGA